AUGGAUAAGACUAUAAAUACUAUUGACAAUAAUAGUGAAACUAUACUUAAUACAGACUUUUUAAAUAAACUUUUGAAUAAUGAAUCUUAUAAACCUGAUAUUAAGAUUGUGAAAUUUGACUUUGAAUGUAAUGAUGAAAGUAUUGCUAAAAGUGUUGCUCAAGCUAUACUCGAUGAUGAAACUAGAGAAUUUUAUUGUUGGGUAUUAGAAUGUGUAUUAAAAGCUACAAACUAUAUUGAAUCUGAUGUUUUUAUGACUGAUGCCAAUCCAGCUAUGAUUUCUGUUAUUUCUAAUAUAUUUCCUAAUAUAACUUUACUUUACU